AUGCCUGCCUACCACUCCGUCUUCCUCGACGAGCCAAACCAACAGCUAAUUGGGAACUUUGCCCUCCUCCCUCUCCGCACACGUACCCGCGGCCCCGCCAUCCAACUACCUGCUCUCCCCGCCGACGUAACAGAACUCACUAUCGAUGCCUCACACGAGUCCUACGACCCCUUAGAUGAGAUCCUCGCCCUCUUCCGCGCCAAUACUUUCUUCAGGAACUUUGAGAUCAAGGGGCCAGCAGACCGUGUGCUGAUCUAUGGAAUCCUAUACGUGAGCGAAGUGUUGGCGAAGAUUAAGCCGGGGAUGGGGAGACGGGAUGCUGAAAAGGCUGUCAUGAACCUCGCCCUCGACACCAACUUCGCGAUUCCAGGCGACGCCGGCUUCCCUCUUAACCAGGCCUUCGAAGCACCACAGGACAGGAACUCAGCAGAGGUCUUGCGCCAGUACAUCAUGCAGAUGCGGCAAGAGCUUGCGACAAGGCUGCUGAAUAGGGUAUAUGCGGAUGAGACAGGUGCGCCGAGUAAGUGGUGGCUGAGUUAUACUAAGAGGAAGUUCAUGGGUAAGGCGCUGUAGUGUGGGAAUGAGAAGGAUACUUUUGCAUUAAGCGACUAGAGCGACAAUAAAUGAAUCUUGAAAGCUGCAGUAUACGCAGUAUAGGCCAACUCUCGAAUUUCAAUGAAGUAUAUUGCUAGAAAUGGUAUCUGAGUUUCCUCACGUUGAGACAGACUGCUCAGCCCCAGUCUUCCUUUUCUUCUUCCCAUGAUGUCCCCUAGCCUCCACUCUCCCCU